AUGGGAAAAAAAUGUAAUUAUAAAACAAAAUUGAUAAAAACUUUUCCUGAUGUACACAAUGAAUGGUUUAAAUCAAAUCAAAAAGAAGUCUGCUCAAUAGUAGAAAAAUGGGUUAAUUUCAUCAAAAAAACUUAUGGGGAUAGUUGCUUCCAGCUUGCAUCUUUCACUGUAUCGGCAAAGGCUGGAGUUGACCUUAAACUGAUUUCAUUAGCUAAGAUUCUAGGAGUUACUCAAGAUUCUAAUGAAAUUCAGAAGAGACAACUUAACAGCGAUUAG